AUGACCCACGAGAACAUAGAGCUUCGGAGACAAGAAAUACAGUCGGAGUUUAGGACUCUCCACAACUUCCUCGAUGAGGAGGAGAGAGCUUAUCUGUGGAGACUGCAGAAUGAGAAAGAGAAGCUGCUGGAGAGACUGCAGGAAGGUGAAGCCAGUCUGGGAAAGCAGAGCUUUGAACUUGAGUGCCACACCAUGAAAUUAGAGAAGAUGUGUCAAGAAUCAGUCCAGAAUUUGCUGCAGGGUAUGAAAGAUACACUGAAAAGGCAUUCAGAUGUGGAGCUGAAAGUACCAGAGGCUGUGUCUUUGGUCCCUCAAACUGUGUGCAAUGUUUCUGAGCUUUACUGUGAUGUGAGGAAAUUAAUAAAGCGCUACCAAGUCAGCGUGACUCUGGAUCCAGACACAGCUCAUUGUGAACUAAUUCUGUCUGCCGAUCGGAGACGUGUGACCCGUGGCAGCCCCCAGAAGAAGCAUUUCAGUAUUAAGAGAUUCCGUGCUUUACCCUGUGUCCUGGGUUGUGAGGGCUUCACCUCAGGAAGACGUUACUUUGAAGUGGAUGUGGGAAAAGGAUCUGGGUGGGCCUUAGGAGUUUGUCUAGAAAAUGUGCAGAGGGACAGGGGCAUGACCCCAGAGCCUCGGUCUGGAAUCUGGGCCAUCAGACUCUGCCAGAAUAAUGGCUAUAUGGCCCUUACCUCUCCCCCAACUCCCCUUCCAUUGAAAGAGCGGCCCCUGCUGGUGGGGGUUCUUCUGGACUAUAAGACUGGACUUGUGUCCUUUUACAACAUGAACACUGGCUCCCACAUCUUCACCUUCCCAAGGGCCUCCUUCUCUGAGACUCUUCGGCCUUACUUCCAGGUUAAUCAUUGUUCCCCUUUAUUCCUUCCUUCACCAUUAGAGUUAUUAUAA